AUGGAAGUGAAAGAGAUAUGCAAGAGUAGAAAAAGACAUGUGGCUCUUGAAAUCAAUGGAGGAAACAAAGAUCGUACUGACGGUGGAGUUGAGGGUGGUGUUGAUGAUGAUGGUGCCAUGGUGGAAAGAUCAAGUUUGAGGUUUAAUAAUGAUGUAAACCGUAGCGGUGACGUUGACAGUAGUAAUAGUGGUGGUAACGAUGACGAUGGUAGUGGUGGCUGUGGCACUAAUGGUGACGUUGAUGUGGUAAUACUAAUUGUUAGUAGUGAGAUGACGAUGGUAUCGGCAAUGACGGUAGUGGUGAAGGUACUGGUGGGGAAGACGGUGACGAUGGCGGUGGAGAUAGUAGUGUAA